AUGUACAUAGAUCUAUUGAAUGGAAAUAACUGUAAAGUCGAUUUCCUAAUAUUCAAAAUGAAAAUUAAGUCAGGACUAAGUACAUUGAGUAUGGACAAUUCAUCCAUAGACAGUAUCGAAGAUAACUGUCGACAAAAAUUAAAGAGAGGUCAUUCUGGAGUAAAUCAAUUGGGUGGAAUGUUUGUCAAUGGUAGACCACUGCCAGAUACAACACGUCAACGUAUUAUUGAAUUAGCACAUUCAGGUGCUCGACCAUGUGAUAUAUCACGAAUUCUACAAGUUUCAAAUGGAUGUGUAUCAAAAAUAUUAUGCCGCUACUAUGAAACUGGUUCAAUUCGACCAAAGGCUAUCGGUGGUAGUAAACCGAGAGUGGCUACAAAUUUAGUAGUGUUAAAAAUAGCACAUUAUAAAAGAGAAUGUCCAUCAAUUUUUGCCUGGGAAAUUAGAGAUCGUCUGCUACAAGAAGGUAUCUGUACAACAGAAAAUAUUCCCAGUGUAUCAUCAAUUAACCGAGUACUUCGGAAUGUCUGUAAUGAUAAUCAACUUCCGCUUUCACUUGGACUUAACAGCCCACAAAAUGAACAUCCCACUGUCCAAUCAAUAAAUUCAGUCACUAAUAAGCAUUCACUCCAUUCCCAUGAGAAUUUAAUGCAUCAUUCUUAUCCUCAAAAUCAUCAUCAUCAUCACCUCAGUUUACCGUUAAAUCGAUUACCAAUGGUUGAUUUCCCCUCACCUCAACUACAUCGUAUCAUGUCACAAACAAAUCCAAGUAAUAAACAAAACUGUCCACUCCCUCUAGCAAUUAAUCAAGCAUCGACAGGAGGAUUAAAUAUGCCUUCUCGAUCACCGCAAACAUCACCACCUCGAUUUCAUCAUCCACAUACAGCUGCAUUUGCAGCUGCUGCUGCUGUGGCUGUUGCUCAACAAAAUGCUCUACCUUCAAGUCUACACGAUUCACUUGUUUAUCAGGAUCGUUUGAAUGAAAUGAAUGGGGUGGCGAACAAUUCUACAGGCUCACCUUCAUUUCAAUCAUCAGUUAACAUGUAUGAUACAUUUUCAAAUUUGUUACAUCAUGCGAAUUGGCCAUCAUGGUAUACCUCAUCAUCGUCGUCCUCUGAUAAUCAUACACCUCCUAUCCAGUUGAAUAUUAACAAUAGCAUAAGAAAUAAUUUUUUAUCAGAAAACAAUGACUCCAGACAGCCUUCAGAUUAUAUGAACAAUGUUACAAGUGGUUUUACUCUACCCAAUGGAAAUGAUUUUUUACAGUUUAAUCAAGCAAAUACAAGUACCAAUGAGGAGAACAAUAACAUUAUUAAAGAGCAUAUUUCUAACUUAGCUCAUCAGUCUUUAACAAGUGAUUUAAACAGUUUAAAAUACUGUGAAACUAAGAAGCUAGAUGAUUUACCUGAUCAAAUUAAAAUGCAACAAGACCACCACCACCACCAACAACAACAACAGCAUGUGAACCAUAACUUGAAUUCACUAUGUAAAAAUGAUGAAUUCAGUUUAUUAACAAGGAACCACUCCAAGCUAUAUGGAUGCACAGAGUCUGAAAUUGACUUAACAUCUAAGUCAGAGACACAAAAUCAAUUGUACGACAAGUCCACAUGUCUACAUUUAAAUAGAAAAUCAUCUGAAAGACCUGAAAUUUGUGAUAGAAACGUCAACAAUUGCUGA